AUGAAAUCACGAAAACGUGUUACCGGCAAACACCCGAACUUUGGCGCGGGCAUGCUUUUCCAAACCUGCACCAAACGGAAGGCCUCCAUGCCUUCAGGCUGGUUCAGGUUUCAGACAGCAUUUUCCCCAAAAUAUGUUCCCAGGCUCCUACCUGCCUACAAUACAGGUAUCCUGCAGGAUACAGCACAGGAUACCUACAAUACAGGAGUCUCCAGUGGAGUUGGGAAGAACAAGAGGGCUCGUACUAAGCAGAUAGUGCACAAGUCAAUGGGUGGGAAGAUGCCCCAUGAGCAGCUGGCCACAAAGGCGACCCACAAGAGCACGCCAGCCACAGGUGGCGUGAGGAAGCCGCACCACUACCAGCGCGACACCAUGGUGCUACUCAAGAUCCACCAGCUUCCAUUCCAGCGGCUGGUGUGUGAGAUCGCACAGGACUUCAAGACUGACCUGCACUUCCAGAGCUCGGCUGUCAUGGUGCUGCAGGAAGUGUGCGAGGACUACCUGGUGGGCCUCUUCAAGGACACCAACCUCUGUGCAUUCCCUGCCAAGCGCGUCACCAUUAUGCCCAAGGACAUCUAG